GCAGCCUUCCUUGGGCAGAGGGGACUGAUGGAGGAUGACUUCCUCACCAAGGUGCUGGAGGGCAUGGCCUUCGCUGGCUUCGUGACCGAGCGGGGGGCCCCGUACCGCUCGAUCGACGUGUUUGAUGAGCUUGUGGCUUAUGAAGUGAAGCGCAUGCGUGCAGAAGAGGGGAACAAGCAGAAAAUACUGCGGCACAUCAAGGAGCUGGCGGAGAAACUGUACAAAAACGAGAACCCGUACCCCGCAGUGACCAUGCACAAGGUGCAGAAGCCCACGGAAGGCUGUCACCUGCGCCUCCACCAGAAGCCUUUUCCCCGUUUGGAUGAGGGGACGGUGCAGUGGAUCAUCGACCAGGCCACUGCCAAGCUGCAGACGGCCCCUCCUGCUGUGAAGGCAGAGAAGAAAUGCAUGGUGCCAUCGGGACCGCCCAUCGCUGCCAUCAUGGAGCGUAAUGGCAAUGCCCUGGCCAACAGCGCCCGUCGCCUGGAGGUGGUCAGGAACUGCAUCUCCUAUGUCUUUGAGAACAAGAUGUUAGAAGCCAAAAAGUUAUUCCCUGCUGUGCUGCGUGCCAUGAAGGGCCGAGCAGCCAGGCAUUGCCUGACCCAGGAGCUGAACCUGCAUGUGCAGCAGAACCGGGCAGUGCUGGAUCACCAGCAGUUUGAUUUCGUAAUCCGCAUGAUGAACUGCUGUUUGCAGGACUGCACUGCCAUGGAUGAGCACGGGAUUGCAGCCGCUCUCUUGCCACUGGUCACCGCUUUCUGCCGAAAACUGAGCCCGGGCAUCACGCAGUUUGCCUACAGCUGCGUGCAGGAGCAUGUGGUAUGGACCAACAUCCAGUUCUGGGAGGCCAUGUUCUACUGCGACGUGCAGAACCACAUCCGAGCCUUGUACCUGGACAACAACGAGGAGAACCACACGGAUGAGGAGAGCACGGAGGGGCCGCAGGAAGCCAAGUCUGCCCUGGAGAUAGCGUCGGAGCAGCUGAGGCUCUGGCCCACCAUGAGCCGAGAGAAACAGCAGGAGCUGAUCCAGAAGGAGGAGAGCACCGUUUUCAGCCAGGCCAUCCACUACGCCAACCGCAUGAGCUACCUGCUGCUGCCUCUCGACACCAGCAAGAACCGCCUGCUACGCAGCUCCGGGCUGGGGGAUGUGGAGAGUGUCAGCAACAGCUUCGUCACCAACAGCAUCGCUGGCAGCGUGGCUGAGAGCUAUGACACGGAAAGCGGAUUUGAGGAUGCAGAGAGUUCCGACGUGGCCAACUAUGUGGUGCGAUUCAUCAACCGCUUUGUGGACAAAGUCUGCACGGAGAGCGGAGUCACCAACGAGCACCUCAAGGGGCUGCACGUCAUGAUCCCUGAUAUUGUGCAGAUGCACAUAGAGACACUGGAUGCCGUGCACAGGGAGAGCAAGAGGCUUCCUCCCAUCCAGAAGCCAAAGCUGCUGUGCCCCAACCUGUUGGUGGGUGAGGAGCGCGUGAUGGAGGGGCUCCGUGUGUGCCUCAUGCCUGAUGGACGGGACGAAGCUGCUGGAGGGAAUAUUGGUGGUCCACCUCUCCUUCCCGCAGAAGGAGCCAUCUUCCUCACCACUUACCGCAUCAUCUUCAAAGGCACUCCUACGGACCCCCUGGCGGGGGAGCAGGUGGUGAUCCGAUCCUUCCCCAUCGCCUCGCUGACCAAAGAGAAGAAGAUCAGUAUCCAGGCCCAAGGGGAUCAGUUCAUCCAGGAGGGCUUGCAGCUGCGCUCAUGCACAUUCCAG